AUGGAUCUUUUCGAUACCACCGCCUACUUCUCCUCGAAAGUCCCAGUGCUCGCCGCAACAAAGCCCCUACUGAAAUCUGCAGUAUGUGCUCUUUCAGCGAAGCAUUUGAGGCAUAUUUGUCACGCCGCGAAUCAGACCGGAGAGAGCCCAAAUUCCUUGUCGAACUAUUCCAGACUGCCUCUCCGGAAUGAGGAUAUGUGGCAAUAUCAUUCAGCCAAGCAAUAUGACCAGGCACUGCGAAGUCUCAAGACUGCCAUCGACUUGGGAACGUACGACAACAGCCCCUCAAACAAAGAAGAGAUGCUAGCCGCUGUCGCAAUUCUUUGCGCAUUCGAGCUGAUGGAUGCUCCUGGUAGUGCAUGGCGGGCUCAUCUCAGUGCACUCCCACUUUUCAGCGACGGGGAUAUGUCAUUAACUGAUAAUUCCACCAUUAUUAUCCCCCGAACCUCUAUCAAAGGACCAAUAUUCUGGAGUCUGGCGAGACAGGACUUAUUGUGCGCCUUUAUAAGCGAGACUCAAACGAGGCUGGACCUGAAAGACAUGAGGCUGUGGCAAAAUGCUGGCGUAGUUACCGACGAGCACGGCACGCUGCUCUCGAGUAACCCCCAAAAUAUCAUGGACAUCCAGGAUUCCUCCGGAUUCGAAGAAGAUACCAAAGCCAACGAGCUCACCUGGAUACUGGGUAAAAUCGCCAACCAUCUCACUGCCGGAGACGCUUUGAUUCCUGAUGAAAACGAAUUACCUCGAGGCCAACGACCUUCAAUAGGCCUGACCCAAGAGCAUCUUUCAGACAGGUGGAAUCUACUCAUGGCCGAGUUGGAAAAUUGGUACGGGUCGCUUCCUCCGAUCUUUCGGGUGACGGCUCGUACACGCGAGCUGGGCCAGCCCAAUCCUCGGCUCAAAUUGAGCUUUAGAACAUUCGAGCAAAUUUGGUUCGACUUGCCCAUCUGUGCAGCAACGGUGCAGAGUUAUCACCAGGCAAAGAUCCUGAUGUAUGCCAAUGAACCGCAAGAGUCUACGGCUAUACGGUCUACCGUUUCGUCGAGGCUGAGAUCAUACCGCCAUGCUCUAAGUGAAGCCAUAUACCAUGCCAGACAAAUCUGUGGGAUCAGCCUGGCAAAUUCAACAGAUUCCGUCCGAAUCAAUUCUGUGCAGGCUUUGUUUGUUGCAGGACAGGUGUUUGAAGAUCAACAAGAACAGGACGGAGUGAUUGAAUUGCUUGUUGGGAUUGAAAGAGAUCUCGGGUGGACCACGAAAUACCACGUUUCGAAAUUGACCGAUGAAUGGGCGAGGGGCAGGUCGGAUAAUCAUGCUGAUCGUGUUGAGAGAACUCAUCACCAAAGGUGGGGAUUUUAA